UUUGAAAAAUAUACGGCAAAUAUUAAAUUCAUCAGCUAUGGAUAUCAUGUACUACACUUCUCCUAUAUAUGGUCGGGAAAUACAAAACAGUUUGGCAAACGAGCUGAAUAGGCUACAUUCAGAAUUUGUAGAACGGCACCCACACCAUGACUUCAAAGUGUCAAUAAUGGCACACUCUUUGGGUAGUGUAAUUUCAUAUGAUAUUAUAACCGGAUGGGAACCAUUUAUUAAACGGAGUGACAGUAGUCCAAGAAUACAUUUAAAUUUUGAGUUGGAGAAUUUCUUCUGCUUGGGUUCACCAUUGUCAGUGUUUUUGGCAUUACGUCAAAAUGAAAUAUUCAAAGAAAACUUAAACUUGUUCCCAAUGUGGUUGGCCAAAAAAGUAUAUAAUAUUUACCAUCCUACAGAUCCUGUUGCUUACAGGUUUGAACCAUUAGUUGCAAAAGAUUAUUGUCGCUAUAAACCUGUUGGUAUUCAGGCCCAUGGUAUCAAAUGUGAUUACUCUGAAGUUCCUUUAGAACUAAUUGGAAACAUAGAUACUAGCUUUGAAGAGACUAAUGGAACUGAAGCUAAAGCCCCAGAUGUAAAAAAAGAAAAUGAAACGUUCAUUCGUAGAAUAAGUACUUGGCUUAAUAUGUCAAGCAGCAAUGAUAGUAAAGCCAAUAGUUCAAAUCAGUUUGAAGUUAAUACCUGUCCACUAUCAAGAAAUAGUACUCCAGUUGAAAAUUUGAAUCACCGGUUAGAUUAUAUAUUGAGAGAUAGUAUCGGAGGAUCGGCCAGUAAUUAUUUGUCAAUGUUGUAUACACAUACGUCAUAUUGGUCAAACUACGACGUAGCAUAUUUCAUUUACACUAGGUUAUUCCCCGAACUAGAUAAGACAAUGGAAGAUUUUCUAAAACCUGAAGAGAAAAUCCCCAAUUUUGACUUACAAUAAGAACAAGGUAACAGUUCUAAAGUAAAAAAAAAUUGACCUCAGCUGUUCACAAUGUUUAUAAUGCUCAAUUUUUUAAACCUAAAUAUAAUAUACAUUAUAUGAAUAAGAGUAAAAUAAGAAAAAAAA